AUGAUAACCAAGUACAUCAAUGGUCUACCUCCUGCGAUGCGUGAUUCAAAUGAAGCAGCUCAACUCGACACCAUUGAAGAAGUCUAUCGUCUGGCAUCAAUAUGCAAAUCAAGUCACCCAGCAGUCAAGUGGCAGCAAGAACAAGAAAAGGAAUCUCAGGGUUCAGGAUGCAAUGCUAUUGUUCCUACUGCUAACCCUGCUGCUAAACCUGCUCCUGCUACUGCUGCUGAUAACCCUGCUGUUCCAGAAGCUAAGAAGCAGUACACUGGGCCUUACCCCAAGUGUGCGACUUGCAACUUUCAUAAUCCUACUGCUUCUGCAUGCCGUCUGUGCACCAACUGCAACCGCUCUGGUCACACGACUCCCUACUGUCGUCAAGCUAACGCUGCACAACCAGCUCAGCAAGCCCCAGCUCAGGCAGUUCAAGCAGCUCUUCCCGCUCCCCUACAGAAUCCCAAGCCGGUCAAUGCUGUUCGUGCAUGUUUCCAGUGUGGAGAUACUAUUCAUCUUCGUAAUCGUUGCCCCCAGCUGAACCAAGAUCAACAAGCAGCCGCUCAUGGACGAGCAUUCAAUCUCAAUGCUAAUCAGGCUCGCAACAACAAUGAUGUGGUGAAUGGUAUGUUUCUCGUUAAUAAUCUUUAUGCUUCGAUCCUAUUUGAUACUGGUGCCGAUAAAAGCUUUGUGUCCGUGGAAUUUGAGUCUUUGAUAAACUGUACACGCUCUAAGUUACCUAAGUCGUUCUCUGUUGAGGUCGCCAAUGGUAAGUCGAUUCUUGUUAAUUCUAUUAACCAUGCCGAGAUCGUUUGUCAUGAUAAGCUUGUUUGUCUUCCUCUUCCGUGUGGUGAUGUUUUGAAUGUCUAUGGAGACCGACCCUCAAAAGGACUGAGGCUGAUGUCAUGCACACAUGCGAGCAGAUACUUACGUAAACAGAACUUUGCCUUCUUGGCCCACGUGGUGCAACAAAAGGGGAAGGGGAAAAACAUAAGCGACGUUCCAGUUGUGUGUGAUUUCACUGAUGUCUUUCCUGAAGAUCUUCCUGGUCUUCCUCCGCCUAGGUCCGUUGACUUUUGUCUUGACCUCGUACCUGGCGCAACUCCUGUCGCCAAGGCUCCUUACCGUCUUGCACCUUCCGAGAUGCAAGAGUUAGCCAGCGAGCUGUAG